CUUACCAGAACGCUGGAGGGGAUUUGCUAAAUACGAAAGUACCCACAAAACUUCAUGGUCCACCAAUGUCUAUUUACGUAAUUUAAACAUUGAAGGGUGAAGGCUGCAAAAACCCCUCCUAAACCCUAGACCAUUCUUUGUUUUAGGGUUUGAAGUUGAGAUUCAUUUUCUCUGAUUGCUUCAGAUGGCUAAACGUUUGCUUCCAUUGCUGAAUCGCGUUCUGAUCGAGAAGAUCGUUCCCCCUACCAAGACCAAUUCCGGCAUUUUGCUUCCUGAGAAGUCCACUAAGCUCAACUCUGGAAAAGUUAUCGCUGUUGGUCCUGGGGCUCGUGACAGAGAGGGAAAGAUUAUUCCUAUCUCUGUAAAGGAAGGUGACAUGGUUCUCCUACCAGAAUAUGGAGGAAAUGAAGUCAAGCUUGGAGAAAAGCAGUUCUAUCUAUUCCGCGACGAAGAUCUAUUAGGAACACUUCAUGAUUGAUUGAUCUUGUGAAAGUUGGAAUGUUUUUCCAAGUCUUAAGCUUCGAGAUCUAGAGAGCUAUUUUCUGUUGUUUUUACUUGAGUGAGACUUUGAUAACAUAUAUUUACGGUCAGAAGACAAAAUAUUAUAUGAAUUUUUGGUAUUUCUCACUCAAACAUUUUUUAGGAAUCUUGUACGAUUGUUGUGCUAUUUCUACUUUACCUCAUGUCUGACUAUAGAGAUAUAUUGAUUUGGGUGUGAGAUAAUUAGUUCAAAAUGGUUUUUUGAUUUAAAGAUAUGGGAGCACUUUGAAAUUGAAUCAAUGAAAUAAUUUUCAA